CGUGCAAAAAUGGUCUUCAAGUGCCAGGAAGAUAGUUUUCUACAAGAAUUUCGUACUAAGGUCGUUUCCUGCGAGAAUGCUGCUGUCGGAGGUUUCAACGUUGUGUUUGAAGAUACAAUCCUUUUCCCCGAGGGUGGCGGACAACCUACCGACCAGGGAACUGUCGCCGGUCGAAAAGUAACAUCCGUUACACGCAAGGGAGCGCUAGCGAUUCACUUAAUAGAAGAUGAUUGCAGCAACGGUCCACCUUUUGCUGUUGGAGAGGAAGUUGUCCAACGGGUCGAUUGGCCACGCCGGUUUGACCACAUGCAGCAACAUUCCGGUCAGCACCUCAUAACGGCUAUCUUCGACCGGGAGUUCAAGUACAACACGAAAUCAUGGUGGUUGGGUACGGAAAGCUCGUACAUAGAACUCGACGCAAAGGAUAUAACCAGGGAACAACUGGACCGGGUGGAAAGCAUCUGCAAUCAACUGAUUGUCGAUUGUACACCCGUCAAGGUUAACGUGUAUGAACCGAACGAUCCGGCACUAAAGUCCGAUGUAACGCGAGCAACCCGUGGCCUUCCGGAAGAUGUUUGUGGUCCGUUGCGGGUAGUGACCAUAGCCGGAAUCGAAAGUAAUAUGUGUUGCGGAACUCAUGUACGCAAUCUUAGUCAACUACAAUCGAUCAAACUGUUGAGUGCCGAGAAGGCAAAGGGCAAGUGGCUGGUGCACUUCCUGGUGGGAGGCCGUGUACUUCGAAAACUGUCCGAAUGCUACGAUCGAGAAGUUCAACUGAAUGCACUUCUAAAUGGGGGUCCUGCGUCUCAUAUCGAGCUGGCAAAAAAGUUACAAUCCACCGUCCGAACAACGCAACGUAUAGCCAAAAAACUUACGACAGAACUGGCCACUGCUGAGGCGGAGAUGUUGAAUACAAUGCGUGACAUUAACCCACCGCGAUACGUACAGCUUCACCGCAGCGAGGGCCCGGAAUCGGAUUUUAUUAACACUUUCCUGCGGGUCGUCAAGCUGCCCGAUUGCUUUUUCUUCCUAACCAAUGCCGACACGGACGGUAGUGGCAAGGGGCAGCUGGUUUUGCAGGGCAAACCGGAAGAUGUAGCCAAAUUAGGACCGGAAAUAUGUACUCUGCUGGAAGGCAAAGGCAAUGGGAAAGGUACACGCUUUAAUGCUAAAGUAAGUAAGCUUAAGAAUCUGACCCAAUGUGAAAAACUAAUCCGAGAACAUUUUCCAAGCAACGAGGUGGCUGUUGAGAAAUGA